UUUGUCACUUGCAGCAUGCCAGCAGUUGGCCUGACACCUCUCUGGUGCUCCAAGAUGAACCCCAUCAAGUUUUUUUUGCUUUUAGGUUUUCUUGCUCAUAUCGCUGCAUUUCCAGUUCAGAAUUCAACUGGAUUGAAUGAAGAAGCAGCUCGAUUUAAAAGAGGCUUUUCUGCUGAACGCUUGGCAGAAUCAGAAAUGACGGCAAUGGAUCGAAUUCAGGAGACCAAUGAAAAUGAGUUUUUAGUAAACCCUCCCCCAGAAGGAACAACUUUCAGAGAAGGGGACAUUGCUGUGUCCCAGAGGAGAAGUCCAAUCUCAUGUUUUGCACGCAGCUGUCUAUGGCCAAAAUCAGUUGACGGUUUUGUGUAUGUCCCCUACAACCUUUCUUCGCAAUACAAUGAUAUUGAGAAAAUGGCCAUUGAAACUGGAAUGCAGGAUAUUGCUAAUGGGACAUGCAUUAGGUUUGUGCCCCGCAGCCAUGAGUCCAAUUACCUGAACAUUCAGUCCAAAACCGGAUGCUGGUCAUUUCUUGGGCUUAAUGGAGGUGCACAGCCACUGUCCCUUCAGGCACCAGGAUGCACAUGGUCUGGAGUCGCUGCGCAUGAGUUAAUGCAUGCUUUGGGCUUUGUGCAUGAACAAUCCCGCAUUGACAGAGACAGGUACAUCACCAUUCUGUGGGAGAACAUUCUGAAAGAUCGGGAGUUUAAUUUUGACAAGUACAAAACUAACAACCUGGACACACCAUAUGACUAUGGGUCCCUCAUGCAUUUUGGAAACUACAAACAAAACAGAUCGACACAAUAUGCCUACUCUGAAGAUGGCCUCCCAACCAUUCUACCAAAAUCAAACAUCAAUGUGCAGAUUGGACAGCGGUUUGGUCCUAGUCCCACUGACAAGCUUAAAAUAAAUAAACUCUACAAAUGUGCUGUCUGAGAAGAAGAAGAAACAGAAGAUAAAGAAAAGAAGCAACUAGAAGCAAGACAAGCAGGCAGUGAACCUGAAGCAGUAGAAGAUUAUGUUUGACAUAAGCUGCCUUUUUUCUUAGAAUUAGUACUGCUGCCAAAUCACAAAAUAAAGUUUGACUGCUUUCACUUGC